CUAAAUGCGUGAUUAGAAACACACAUUGUCAGUUUUGCAUAACUUUGGUGUCUGUUGAUAUUUGUGUGGAUGGGUGCUACCUAGAUUAAUGCUGUUUGUUAUGGUACUUUUCAUUUAUUUAUUUACUUUUAUUCAUCCAAGGAUCAACCUAAAACGAUUUAGGAUUUCAGAAAGUAACACAGUGAUAAUCAUUAAGCCUAACAGAUAAUGCAGCAUACAAACUUGCUUUAAGGGGAUAGGUAGUUGUAUGUUCCGUGAAUUAUUUUGCACGAUCAGGCGUAAAGAUGUGGAACGAGUCAUUUUACCUUCACAUUCUGAACAUGUGUGUUGUGGAGUUGGCUCUUGCACACGGGUUUUUUGAGCCAGCUGCAGGAGGUGUGCAAACAGAGGAGACUAUAGCUGACGCCACUAACAGUGCCGAAGGAGACGUGGAAGAAAUAGAAGAGGAGGAGGAGGUGAUGCUGGGAGAGGUCGGCGGUGCCGUGGCUGUGCUACCCGUGCCGACUGUGGAUGGCGAAACUGAGAAACUGCUGCGGAGCUCGAGAGCCUUGCACCGACAGGUGGCGGGGCUGCGGUCCUUCCUGGAAAGCGUCCUGUCCGACGAGGCGGGAGGAGGAUGUGUGGAUCUGCCGAACUGUCCCGAAAUGGAGGAGCCUUCGGUUAGGCAGAUGUUGGCUCCAAUUAGACAUAUUGCGGAGAAAAGAGAAGAACUGAAAGUUCAUGAGGAAUACCCCGAUGCCUUCUUACCAGAUCACAUCCUGGCAUCACUGGAUAAGUGUGUGCGAAUGCUGUCCAAUAAGACAAAUGAUCAGCAAUGCUAGAUCUUUUGUGGAACUGCAUAGAUCUUUUGUAACGUGAGUGGGUUAGAUAUGUAUGUGUGCGACGUAUGGAAAGUUGUUACACGAGAUUGAUAUCUUGCGUAACUACUCUCCGAAUUUAGCAGCCAGCCGAUCGUGCAGUGAAAGAUCUACGCAGCUUGACAAAACAUUCGUCGUGCAUUUCUCCACGUUUUUUAAAAUAAGAGCAAAAAACCUCCAUUAUGGUUAUUUAUCAUAUGUAUAUUGCUUUAUGAUCUCCAAAGAGAAUGUUAACUUUUAAAAGUGAAUUAUGGAGUUUCUCUAUUGCUGCCAGUUAACAGCAUAAAAUCUAAACAAAAAAAAAAAAAAAAAAAAAAAAAAAAAAAAAAAAAAAAAAAAGCCUUGCCCGAGAAACUGAGAUAAAAUGUGGCCGUGCUCUGUUUUUUGUUUAGCCAUAUGUUUUGUGUGUGUGCAUGUCUUUGCUACUUUAUGUUUUGUGCGUGUGCAUGUCUUUGCUAUUUUAUUGAUUUGGUAUUUAUUUGAUUAGUAAAGAUGAUUUUUUGCAUAAGGAGGUUUGCUUUGUCUUUCCUCUUUGUCUGGCAUGUCUCCCCCCUCCUGAAAACAAAGCCCUGACCUUUCACAUAAGUUGACAGAACAUCACGAAAGAGUUAUUGCGGCCUUCAUGCAAACUAAAAAGGUGUGUAAAUACAGAGGAUCAUUUUGAAAGUGGGUUUGUAGCGUAGCAAAGUAUGUCUUUCCUUAAUAUGUUUAACAAUGGAAGAAAUUAGGAAGAGGGUUUUGUGUGAUUGAGAACUGUGAUAGGUUCUUCUUUUAAUACAAGAGUAAAUGGAUACACGAGUGACAGAGGGCUUUGAGUACGUUACAGAAUGUCACAACUGUUUAAGAAAUAAUAGUGACUGUCAUUUUGAAAGUGAACUCUGAUCUGGGAAAUGGAGAAGCGUAGUCAGAUAUUAAAAAACUCUGAAGAGGGUCCCACCAGAAGUUACUUGACAGGUUUGGAGGCAGACCUGGUAGCCGUCAUGAAAUUGAGUGUGUACCAGUUUUGAACCCUUGACAAGCGGCCAGUGUAACACAGUGUUAAAUGCUACAGCCACAAAGUUAAGUGCUUGAGGAAGGUACUUUGCCUGUAGACUCAAAGAAACACAUCUCAAACGGUUGCGAGGAAUGUUAGUCUGAGCGUGUUGCAGGUGAGAAGAAUUGUAAAUGAUAAAUGGGACAUUCUGAACUGAAACAAAAAUUAGUUAGGCUAGUAUUUUGAGGACUGCUCAAUGCAUCUAAUUUCCAGUAACCACAAUGAGUAUCUUUGUAAAAAGUUCUUUUUAUUAGCAGGAGAACCAGAUUAAAUAGCUGUUAAACAAAUGUGAGAUUGUGUACAUCUGUAAAGUUGUGGUUUCUUAAAUGUAUGUUGAUUGAGUGUAGUGUGGCAUGUUAGGAUCUUUAUUAGUAAAUGCAGUGCCGAUGUGAAGUGUCAUUGUGAGGUGGGUGGAUUAUCUGCAUUCUAAGAGAUGGUGAGCCAUUUAUUAAAAAUUAAAUUAGCUUCUUGCUGAUGUAGUCACUAGCAGUUAGUUUAGCAUUUGUCUUUAUAGAAAAAUGGAGGUGGUUUCAACAUUUUCAAAAUAUUUAAAAGAUUUAUACUUUCACUACUGCCAGUGAAUAUGCGAUCCGAGACAGCUCUGUCAUAACUAAUCCUGCGAGCCACUAGAGUGUUGGAGGUUAAUUCUGUGCUACCAACUCCCACAGGGUUCUGGAUACUGAGAUGAUCCUCUCUCUUUCCCUGCCUCCCUCCACUUAACUGAGAUUAAGUUGAGGAUUUUUUGCCUCUUAUUUCUCCUUUCAUGGUUGAUGGGUCACACACUAUACCAACAGAUAUCAGGGAGGUACUCUCAUUUUUCUUUAUAUGUCCUUCCCUUACUGAUUGAAGCAUCAAAUCAAUUCAUCUUUCCUAGAAUGAAACUUACCUUUAUUCAACAUAUCUUCCAUUUGUCUGUGUGUUAUGUUAUUCUAGUUAGCAAUUUAUAAAUUUGACAUGUCAGAGUGAUCAUUCGGUGCUGUUGUGUAAAUACGUUUGACCUUUGGUAGUGUAAUGAUACUGUUGUAAUGGAAAUGUAUGAUUUUCAUCUUAUCUUAUGACAUGCAUGAUGAAAUGGGAGUACAAAUACAUAAUUGUAAUAUGAAUUUUUUGACCCAUCACAUUUGAAAAGAAAACAAAAUUUGUUGGGAUGAAACAUAGGGCACAGUCAAGAAAGAGUAACUAAACUUUUAAAACUAUUAACAGGUUAGUGCCCAACUGUGAUAAGUCCAGCUGAUGACAGUGGUUAUUCCAGCCCCCCUCGAUACACUCCACCAUAAUAGGAUUGACAGUUUGCUGGUGCAUGCUACAGUAAUGUGAAGGUGCCCAAAUAGUCUCUUUUAUGACGAGAAUCCUCAAAGCUUCUGUGACACUUUGACAGAUUGGAGUCUGCUCAGUUUGACCCAGUCCUCACACGGUAGUUUAGACACUGGUGGGUAUAUUUCUCCUCAUAUGAGGUUCUGCAAACAUAUUCAACUAGAUGCACUAUUGCUAUAAUGAGUUGCAGUUGUUCUGGCAGUGUGUUUCUGCUUCCCGAUAGAUGUUCGCCUAGACGUGGUAAUUAGGUUCAAAUGAAAAUGUGCGACAUGAAGUAACUUGGGUGUUUUGGGAAUUAUAUUGUAUUGACUGAUUUUUUUAAGGACAUCUGGAGUUGGAUUGCUGAUCUGUUAUGAACGUGGAAACAAGAGACUUCAGUUUUGAUGGCACUAAGCAAUAAAUGCCAUUCUUAUUUGAAGCUGCAAAAUAAUUGGUUGAAGGUGUGAUAAUGUUUGACAAAAUGUUUAUCUGACAUGCCUAUAUCAGCAGCAUAGCAAUUUUUUAUUUACGUUCGUAUAUAUAAUCAUUGUUGGCAUAACAGAUCCAUGUAUAAUCCAUUUUUAGUUUACAUAGUAUUUUUGGCCUUAUAGUUGCUAUAGUCAUGUUACUCAUUCCAACAGAUUUAAGCUCAAUAAAAUCCCAGUACUCUAUCAGAAUCUGCCUUUAUCCUUUGAUCACUUUUUUUUCUACAUGGUCGUCAUUUUUCUAUUCUAUUGCAAGUCAGGAGGGCUCACUUUCAUUAUACAGUCUUUCAGUACACUCCUGCAAAUUCUACAGUUAAGUGUUUCUUUAUCUGCACACCAUACAUUAACACAUUUAGUAUCCUCAGUUAUGUCCUAUCCCUUGUUUGCACUUUACUAUAACCAUAUGCUAUAAAUAUCCUUGUAUCUCUCUUUAAAACAUUCUGAAGUUAUUUGGUAACUGCAAAUUCCAAACAAGCUUUACCACUGACUUCCCAUGUCAUUCUUUGUGCACUUGCACCUUUUUCUUUCAUCAGCUUGCUGGAAUAUUUCAUGAAUUACCCAUGAAAUUUCACCUCUACCUUUACGAUAGUGUUUCAGUGCUCGCACGCAUAGCCUCCACUAUCUUCUUGCAAUUAUAUUCGGCUGCUACUUCAUCUAUAAAAUAGAUAUCAUACAUCCUCAUUUUUUCUUAAAUUGUCAGCACGUAACCUUUAUGUGCCCUUUCUUUUAUCUUUUUAAUUGUUACUUACAUCUAUGUACAAUGAAAUAUCAGUACACAGACACGAGCUUACCUCAGUUGUCGAGAUGCUAACGACACACCUGUAUUUCUAUCAACAGUGCUUGGUUUCAAAAAAAUAUGAUCAGCUUCAUUUUAGAAAUCAUUAGUUAUGGGUGGAUGUUUACAAAACACAGAAUGUUUAAAUAAAAAUAGUAUAUAUAAUUUAUUAAACAUUUUAUUUACAAAACAUUGUUUAACCAGUUUCCUUAGUUACAGGAUAGAUGAGUAUAAAGUCUUUUUUUAGUUUUUAAACUCUGGUAAUGUCAUAAUCAAACAUAAAAAUAUAUAUAUUUUAUCCAUGGUUCUUACACAUUCUUUUUUAAAGGUAGCUGACUGAAUGGGAAUUUAGUUUGUAUGAAAGGAUGUUGUUCCCUAACAGAUAUAAGUUUCUUCCAACUGUAUUUCUGCCACAAAGGUUUCCAGCUGUCCUGAGCUGAAACACUAACUAGAGUAACCUGAGCAGAUACACAAUAUUUACAUGUACCAUACGUAAUAUUAACUAAAACUAUAACGACACACACACACACACACACACACACACACACACACAAAUCAAAACACAAAAUUCUAAUCUCUGACCCUGAAGAUGUCAAAACAUCAUUAAAGUCAGAAACAUUUGUGCCAGUUGCAUACCAGUUCCAAGGGGUACCACUGAAUGUUUCAACACAACCUGCAAAUGGACACAUAAUUCAUAGAAAAUAUUGUUGACUAAGAGAUUCAUUUACUCACUUCAGCUGUACAGAAGGGGAGUACCAUUCCAUUCAGGAAUGUCUACAUUCAAAAUAACGAUAAUAAUAGUGUGUGCAGAGAGAAUCCAUUUCACAAGAUCCAUACGGUAAUGUAGCCAGUAAGUCACAUACUAUCUGCUUUUCUUAGAUUUUUGGUAAUUAACAUCUUCUGUCUUUGUCAUCAGUGCCAGAAAUAGUGCUACACAACUGCUGAGUCCAGCAUAUCCCAAUUGAUUCAUUUCUGGUGCUAUCCAUAAAUGGGAAAAAAGAUGGUCUGAAAUGAUGGAAUAAAUUCAAACACCAUUUUAGAAAUCCAGAUGGUGCAAAUUAACAACCAGAAAGACUGGUAGCCCCUAAAACGUACUGCCAUAGAUAUUGUAACAUACCACAAGUAAUUGCAUUAGAAUACAGUUGUGAAAUCAGCUUUGUGUACCAUUUUUUUCAGUCUGCUUUUAUUGUGUUAGAAAUGAGCCAACCAGUGUGGGAAAGGAUACUGCAUAGUUUUCAUUUUUGUAGACAUUUGCAGAAAAAUAUUGAUUUAAAUUUUUGAACAAGUCGUUACUUUUAAGGUGCAGCCAUUGUUCUAUUGUGAUACUUCACUUUAUCUUUCUAUAACAGCAUGCACAGUUGACAUUUCAAACAUCCUGCUGCAUGUUUAUUAUGUUUAAAAGACGUGUCUGUUGAUGACUAUUGGGAUGAUAGUUUUGCCACAUUAGGUCAUUCUACAGUUGCUAAUUUGUGUGCAAAUGUUCAGAUUUCGAAGCGGCAAAGCUUGAAAGUUUAUUUAUCUGGCAUAAUUUUAUUUUCCUGUUUUAAGAUAAUUUUAAAGAAUCCGUGGUUUUAUCACACACAACGUAACUAAACUGAAGAAAAUCUUUAAAGUUAGUAAUACAGAAAGUGCACAAGGAAGCAAGCUUGUAAAAUACAAGUAAAUAAAAAAUUAAUACUUUCAGACCAUUGUAUUGUGUAUUUAAACCAUCCAGACAGUGCCAACAUUUUAAUUUACUUGCUAAAAUAUUACAAGACUACCUGCACCAUAACUUUCAUAUUAAUAGGAGUUGAAACUGCAAAAACUACACCCUGGAAUUUCUAUUUGCUGAAACACAUUGAUUUCUACUCACAUGUCAUGUACAAGCAGCAGCAAUUCUGCAGUUACAAGCGACAUUAUUUAGAUGGUUAUAAAUUACCACAGAUUUUUGUAGUAACAAAAAAGUAGUGGCUCUCUUUGUUAAGAGACAUUGCAGAGUCGAGUUGUCAUAUUAACAGAGUGACCACGAAGACUUUGAAAAUGUUCCAGAUUAAUUUAUAUUGGCAGCUGUGAAAUGGAAUUUCAAGCAAAAAUUGCACUUUACUAAUACAUGUUCUCUCAUUAAGUUUCUUUGUGCAUUGUUUUUAUAGUGGGAGAGGGGGCCUUUGCACAUAUUACACCAAACAAAUUGCAGACUGACGGUUUGGAGUUAAAACAGAAUUUAUUAUGGCUUUACACGGGAUGAAAACUUGAAUAGUGGUGACAAACGGGUGAGGAAAUGUCCACUGAAUCAUAAACUUCCCGUUUAAUUCUUUGAUGAAUAUUUUUUAGUUUCUGGUAGUGUGAGUAACGUUUGGUGUGCAUUGUUGUGAUGCCAGUUCUCUGUAGUGCAAAGAUUUUAUAGAUGGCGCAGUUUGCCAAAUUUAUAAACAGUUACUAAAAGUACUACAAAUAACCCUACAGAUCAGUCAAUCACGAAUAAAAACCUUGUAUGUAGUGUGAAGGACAGUCAAACAAUUUAAAAUCAGAGAUGGUGAAAUAGUAUAUUUUGAACUGAGUGAAAAUCCUAAUCCACAGCAGCUGUUUAUUGUGUUUUCACUCUGACAGCCAGUUUUAUAUCCUGGAGGUAUGUCUUCAGGUCUUAUAAAACUAAUACUUUAUGUGUCAGGAGUUCUAAGGUGCAAGUGUGAAUAAAAACAUGUCACACCCCAGUAAAACCUCAGAUGAAACAGCAGAUGGGCAUCUGAUCCAAACCAUGCAUGAUCAGUAAGACAUCCCCAAAACACUGUCAAAAGAAGAGCAUGGGCAGCACAUGACAGUCCAUGUAUACUAGGACGACAUCAUCGUUAAAAUCUGCGAGACACAGAAUUAAGACACACAAUCCUUGGGAGUCGUCAACAUACUAUAAUAUAUUGACAAGCAUCAAAUAGAACUACAUGUUACAGCACUAGCCACACAUUGGCUACAGCUGUAACAUGUAGUUUGGUUUGACACCUGCCAAUACAUUUUAGUAUGUUGACGACUUUUUGAGAUGCCUUACUGAUCAUGCAUGGUUCGGAUCGGAUGACCAUCUGUUGUUUCAUCCAAGGUUUUACCAAGGAGUAACCUGUUUUUAUGUGCACAUGCAUCUUGUGAUUGGUGGAACAUGAUGUAUUAGUUUCAUGUGACCUGAAGAUAUAACAGGGUAUGAAACUGGUUGUCAUACAGUGAAAACACAAUAAACAGGUAUUGUGACUUUGGACUUUCACUCAGUUUAAUAUAGACUUUUUUACCAUCUCUGAUUUUAAAUUGUUUGAUUGUCCUUCACAUUAACAGUUGUCUCAUAAUGUUACACUGUCAAAAAUGCACAGAGUAUCAGAAAUUGUAAAUUUUGCUUGGAUGUCAAUCCCACGAAAGUUACGAGCGACACAGUUCACAGAGCUAGUCUUUGGUAAGCAACUAGUUUAUUUUUUUGCCUUCAGGCAACACAAAAAUUUUUAUUACUUUUUUCCUCCAUAAUGGCUUCACGUUACAUAAGUAAAAGAUAAACAAAGAGAAAAGUGUUAAAUUCUAAGUACCCAACAAUGUGGGCUGUUCUCACACAAAGUGAAAUUUUUGUGAUCUGCAGUGCCAUUUCUAUGAGCAUUGAGGAGCUGAGCUAUUGACAUGGCAAUUUUGGAAACAACUUCAUUAAAUACAGAAUGUGUUUACAGAGAUAGUUUUUAUGUGACUGGAAGAAUGAAAAUUAAGCAGUGGAACCAUUCACUCUGAAGUUUAGUAAUGAUAUGGGUGGAGUGAGAAAACAGAGUGGAAAAAAAAGCUUUAAGGGUAAUUUACUGCAUAGCACUGCUGCUUUUAUUUUUACAUAACAAAAUUUAGGAAAUCUGGUCAUUUCAUUGAUAAAAUUCUGUAAAAUGAAUUAAAAGCUAAUGAAAAUAAUAUAGUGUCUGCAUUUUUCGUUUCUGUCACUCAAAUAUUUUGCAGCUCAAC